AUGGCGGACGUUCCGGCGAACGCGAACGAGGGCUGCCCGGGCACGGGGAAUGAAGGGGCGGGCAAGGCAUCUGCCUGCGCGGGGUGCCCGAACCAGGCCGUUUGCGCGUCGGGCGUGCCGCCCCCGCCGGACCCGGACCUCGCGCUGAUCGAGCGGCGCAUGUCCCGCAUCAAGCACAAGAUCCUCGUCCUGUCCGGGAAGGGCGGCGUCGGCAAGAGCACGCUCAGCGCGCAGCUCGCCUUCGCGCUCGCGCAGACGGGCAAGCAGGUCGGCCUGAUGGACAUCGACAUCUGCGGCCCGUCCGUCCCGCGCAUGCUCGGCCUCGAGGGCGAGGAGAUCCACCAGAGCGCCAGCGGGUGGUCCCCCGUGUACGUCGACGACAACCUGGGCGUCAUGUCGAUCGGGUUCAUGCUCGGGAACCCCGACGACGCAGUCAUCUGGCGCGGCCCGAGGAAGAACGGGCUGAUCAAGCAGUUCAUGAAGGACGUGGACUGGGGGGACCUGGACUACCUGGUGAUCGACGCGCCGCCCGGGACCUCGGACGAGCACAUCUCGAUCGUGCAGCUGCUCAGGGCGACACCGGCGGACGGCGCGGUGGUGGUGACGACGCCGCAGGGCGUGGCGCUCGCGGACGUGCGGAAGGAGGUGAACUUCUGCAAGAAGGUGUCGAUGCCGAUGCUGGGCGUCGUGGAGAACAUGUCGGGCCUCGUGCAGCGCCUGCCGCAGUGCAGCGUGCUGGGGGCCUCCGGGGAGGACCUGACGCAGAUGGUGUCCGACGCGCUGUCGGCCGCCGGUCUGUCGCCCGAGUCGCUGGUGGUGCGCACCGACGUCUUCCACGCGCAGGCGGGCGGGGAGGGGAUGGCGCGCGGGAUGGGCGUGGCGUUUCUGGGGCGCGUGCCGCUGGACCCGGCGAUCGGCAGGGCGGCGGAGGAGGGGCGGUCGGUGCUGGAGGACGCCAGCGCGCUGUCGGGGGCGGCGCUGCGGGGCGUGCUGGAGGCGCUGGUGGCGCGGCUGGACGCCGGGGGCGGUGCGCAGGGGUGCGGUGUGUGA